CGCACAGCGCCACAACAAUGGGCACCGCGCGUUUGGCUUCCCGAAAGACCCGCAGGGGCGUCGAGCGCGUCCGAUCGGCGACCGAAGCGAGCCCGCUGGAGCUUUUUCGCUGACCGGCAUCAGGACCGCGGACCGCGCGCGCGCUGCCUCGCUCAACUUCCACCCGCCGCGUCUCCAUCGAGUCAUGUCUGAUCCGGAGCGAUGGGCAAGUUUGACGACAACGAGAGGAUAAUCCUCAACGUCGGGGGCACCAGGCACGAGACGUACAAGAGCACCCUGAAGACGCUGCCGGGGACGCGCCUGGCCCUGCUCGCCUCCGACUCUGACAUCGGCUCGGUGCUGGAUCAGCUGCAACAAGUCCCCGGCUUCAUCGAGUACAACGCGCGGACCAACGAGUACUUCUUCGACCGCCACCCGGGCGUCUUCGCCUACGUGCUCAACUACUACCGCACCGGCAAGCUCCACUGCCCGGCGGAUGUGUGCGGACCGCUGUUCGAGGAGGAGCUCUCCUUUUGGGGCAUCGACGAGACGGACGUGGAGCCCUGCUGCUGGAUGACGUACCGGCAGCACCGGGACGCCGAGGAGGCGCUGGACGUGUUCGAGCUCAACGUGGACAACGGGGAGCAGGAGGACGACGACGUGGGCAAGAGGCUCGGCAUCGAGGACGCGGCCGCGGAUGGGAGUGGCGGCCUGUGGAGGAAGUGGCAGCCGGUCGUCUGGAAUCUGUUCGAGGACCCUUACUCCUCCAGGGCGGCCAGGUUUAUUGCCUUCGCGUCUUUGUUCUUCAUCCUGGUUUCCAUCACUACCUUCUGUUUGGAGACCCAUGAGGCGUUCCACACUAUUAUCAACAAGACGGAGGUGCAUGCGGAACAGCAGCCUGCCUGAUCUGGGACACAGUACGAGAUAGAAACCGACCCCGCUCUCACGUAUGUGGAAGGUGUUUGUGUCUUCUGGUUCACCAUUGAGUUCCUGGUCCGGGUGACCUUCUGCCCAGUCAAGUUGGAAUUUGUUAAGAGUCUCCUCAACAUUAUCGACUUUGUGGCCAUUCUUCCGUUCUACUUGGAAGUAGGUCUGAGUGGCCUUUCCUCAAAAGCUGCCAAGGAUGUGUUGGGAUUCCUCAGGGUGGUGCGUUUUGUUCGUAUCCUGCGUAUCUUCAAGCUUACCCGUCACUUUGUGGGGCUUCGAGUGUUGGGCCACACGCUACGGGCCAGCACCAAUGAAUUCCUGCUGCUAAUCAUCUUCCUGGCAUUGGGAGUGUUAAUAUUCGCCACCAUGAUCUAUUAUGCCGAACGCAUUGGCGCUAAGCCCAACGAUCCCACGGCGAGCCUCCACACCAAGUUCAAGAACAUCCCCAUCGGCUUCUGGUGGGCCGUGGUGACCAUGACCACUCUGGGAUAUGGCGACAUGUAUCCAAAGACGUGGUCUGGCAUGGUCGUGGGCGCGCUGUGCGCUUUGGCAGGAGUGCUCACGAUAGCCAUGCCCGUGCCUGUGAUCGUCAAUAACUUUGGGAUGUACUACUCCCUGGCCAUGGCCAAGCAGAAGCUCCCCAAGAAGCGGAAGAAACAUAUUCCUCAGGCGGUGCAGGGAGGGUCCCCGACCUACUACAAAGCUGAUGUCAACACCACCUGCAACAGCACGCAAGGCGACUUGUGCCACGUCAAAGGCGGCAGGGUGCUUGAACGCAACCGCUCAGUUCUGUCGGCGGACUGUAGCGGGGUCAGCGACCUGACCAUGUCUCCAGAGGAGAGGGUCCCCAUGCGAAGGUCCAGCACCCGGGAGCAGGACCGCCGCAGUGGGGGGACAUGUUUCCUACUUGCUGCUAGCGAUUACAACUGUCCUGCAGAUGGAGGCAUAAGAAAAACAGGCUACGAGAAAUCUCAGAGCUUAAACAACAUAGCGGGCAUGACCGGCAUGGCUGCUAACGCCCUGAGGUUGUCCCCCGUCACCUCGCCCUACGGAUCGCCCUGCCCUCUACGGCGCUCCCGUUCCCCUAUUCCCUCCAUCCUGUGAGACGUCCAGCGUC